AUGUCCAAUCCCGCGAGCAUUCCCAACAAGGCGUUGACAUCCUCCAACAAGGCUCCACAGCUCUCGUCUUCCAGCCAGAUCAGCCCGGCGCUGUCCUCCACCCAGCAGUUCUUCUCCAACGACUCCUCCGCACGUCGCUCCGGCAGUGGCAACACCGGCGCGUCACGAUCACCGGCACCGCGAAACAACCAGACAUCCAAGGCCAAGCAUAAGCCCAGCAAGCGGUUUCGAUCUCUGGAUGAGGAUGCAGAGGCUGAGGCAUUCAGCAUGCAGAAUCCACACGGUCGUCGCGGGCAGCAGAGCAUUACCCACUUGAUGCAGUUCGCGCUACCACCCCGGCCCAAUGCACAGCAGCAGUACCACAGACACAGCUAUAAUGGACCGCGAAGGAACGGUGGAGGCAAUAGGACGUGGGGCAUGGGAAGUGGCUAUCAUGCAGGGGAUAAGGCGAGAUACGUUCACGCCAACUACCGCUUCGUCGUUGAUCCGAGAGGCGAUUAUGCCCAGCAAGCUCAGGACGCUGACGUACAUCUGGACUGGAACAACGUCUUGCAAGUCAUUGCUUCCUCCACGACACAGACCGCAUCAUGUCCGAUCUGCCUCGGCGAGCCGACCGCACCGCGAAUGGCGAAGUGUGGACACAUUUUCUGCCUUCCUUGCCUGAUCCGAUAUAUGCACUCCGAGGAUGGCGCUGCAGCACCUCCGGACAAGAAAGCGAGGUGGAAGAAGUGCCCGAUCUGCUGGGACAGUAUAUACGUCACUGAAACAAGACCAGUCCGGUGGUACGUUGGCCAGGAGAAUGAACAGCCACGCGAAGGCGGCGACUUUGUUCUACGAUUGGUCAAGAGGAAGCCGGGCAGCACUUUGGCUAUGCCACGCGAGAGUGCGGACACUGUGCCGAAAGGCGAGAGUAUUCCGUGGUACUUCGCGGCAGAGGUCAUGGAUUACGCGAGAGUCAUGAAAGGCAGUGAGGAGUACAUGCUGCAGCAGUACGAUGAGACGCUGAAGGCGAUUGAGUUGCUGGAGAAAGAGGACGAGCUGAUGUUUGGCGAGGAUGCCGAAUGGACUGGCAGAGCCAUUCGGAUGCUGAAAGAGUCCAAGGAGAAGGUGAAAGGUAUUGGCAAUCCGCCCGCACAACCCAAGAAGCCAGAAGCUGCACCAGCUCCGGAGAUCGUCGAACGGCCACCGAUCGAGUUCAACGAGAGCGAUGAAGGCGUGCCGGACAUGUAUCUUCAGAAACAGGCAGCAACACCUUCACCACCGAACAUUGCUAUUGAGUCGAUCGCCGAGGGCCAGGAGGCAGCGUCUACCGAAAGCACCAACUACGUGCCACGAACGAUACACGAAAUGCGACAGCGGCAGACCGAGAAACCUCAACCUAAUGAGUAUCUCUUCUACCACGGCCUACAGCACUACUACCUUUCUCCACUGGACAUUCGGAUUCUCAAAUCAGCCUUCGGAUCUUACCACUCCUUGCCAUCGAGCAUCCUUCCGCGAAUCGAGCGGGUCUCCAGCGGCCACGUAGUGGAUGAUGACCUUCGAAAGCGGGUCAAAUACCUCGCACACCUUCCAUACGGCUGUGAAGUCGCCUUCCUUGAGUGUGACUGGCGAGAUGUGGUCAGCGCCUCUGUCCUCGAAGAGUUCAAGCCGAUGCUUGAUCGUCGAAGGAAGCGCCAUGAAGAGAAGGAGACACGAGAAGAGAAGGACCGCAUCAGGAUUGAGAAGGCGUCUGAAAGGGAGCUGGCAUCCAUAAGACGACAGAGGAGACCAUCAAUACCAGACACAGAUGGCUUCUUCACGUCAUCACUGCCGGCGAGUAUUGUCGAAGUACCUGGCGAAGCUCUUGGCGCUGGCUCUCCACCCUGGCCAACAAAUGCCGACCGACCAGGCUUCGGCUCUCUGGCCUCGCCAUCAACAAGUCCAAGCAUGCCACGAACAGUCUGGGGCACGAGUGCUGUCGCUCCAGGGAGUCCAGAUAUGCACGCGACUCUGCCGAAUGAUUCGGCAUUCCGCCAUGGCGAAGACGAUGGCUGGCUCCAGGAUUGGGAAAGAGAUCUUCUGGACCAACAACAGCAGCAGCAGGUCCUGGCUGAGAGUAUGGAUGGACUAAAUAUACAGGCAAGCAAGCCGAGCGGUGGCGGCAAGAAGGGGAAGAAGAAUAAGAAGAAGAUCACACUGAUGAGCACCGCGAAUGGUGCCAGGAGAGGUGCGUGA